AACUCAAAAAUUUCACUUGUGUCGGGCGUUCUAGAGAAUUUAUUUUUUCUGAAAUAUACUUUUUUUUGAUUAGUUUCAAAACGUAAUUUGGAGUUGAAAGUCGUGACUUGUCUGUAGAUAUAUUUUCUAACUCUUUUCUCGUCUAUACUUAAUUUUAUUCUUUCGGUAUUCCCCAAUAAUAAGGACGAAUUUAUAGGUUACGACGUAUUUUUCAGUUGUCGUCGCAGUAAACAGACGUUUUGUAGUUUAGUGCAAGAUGCUGCGGAAAAUUUUAAUUUUGCUUUGUUCAGCAGCGAUAUUCGUAUCAGCUGUCAAUGAAACGGUUGGAGAAACUAAACCCAAUUCAGUACCAGAAACUAAAUCUCUGAAUGAAGAAAUAGAACAUGCGCAUACAACAUCAAAAACAACUACAGUAACUACACCUACGACGACAACAUCAACGACACCUAAAACAACAACAACAGAAAAAACAACUACAACAUCAACGACAACACCUGCACCGACACCACCACCGACAACAACAACGACAACAGAAAAACCAACCACCGUUGGCCCGACAACAACAACUCCAGUUCCUGUUCCUACGGAUAAAAAAUGGUCUCUCAACGCAACGAACGAAACCUGCAUUGUUAUUCAAAUGGCUGCUCAGUUUGAAAUCACAUAUCCUCUCAAUAAAACGGCUCAUUUCACGCAAAAAUUGAAUUUACCAGCAAACGAUGCUGUGGUAAAUGGAAGUUGCGGCGAUAAAGAACAAAUUAUCAUUCUCUCAUGGAAUUCGACAAAGGGAUCAAUUAACGACUCGUUCUCGCUUCAUUUCCUUAAGGAUGAAAAGAAUAAGAAAUAUACUCUCCAUCACAUGGAACUUGUCAUUUUACCACAGGAAUUACCAAAAUAUAACUCUACAUCCAAUCAAACAUUGAAAUUCGUUCACGAGACUGAUGAAAUACCAACAGGAUUGGGCAAUUCUUAUCGUUGUUUGAAAGAGACGAGCUUUAAAAUGACCAUGGCAGGAACAAAUGAUACGACAGCUGUUGUCAAAGUCAAUGAUGUUCAAUUCCAAGCAUUCAAAACUGAUAAAAACACUUCUUUCGGCCUUGCUGAAGACUGUGCAUUCGAUACGCCGGACGUGGUGCCAAUUGCUGUUGGCUGUGCCCUGGCAGCGUUAGUUGUAAUCGUAUUGGUCGCUUAUUUAAUAGGACGUAGACGUGCUCAGGCUCGUGGUUACCUCAGCAUGUAAAUUUCAAAAGAAACAAAAAAAAAAGAAAGAAGUCUCUUCUUCUUUUUCUUUAGAUUUUAUAUUUACUAUCAUUAAACAAUUAUUCUGCCUAAAAAGUUCAACUUUACCAAAAGGCGUUACUUUUGUUAAGAAAUUUUUUUGAGAUUCGUUUUUUUUUGUAUACGAGCACAAUUUUGAUGCCUUUUUUCUCAAGUGCUCAUUCCAUAAUUUUUAAUAUUAGAAGUCGGAAAUCCACUUGAGUUUGUGGAUUGAUUUAGUCAUAAAUACGUAGAGAGCUGACCGAAUAGUGAAAAUUCAUUCAAAUCCAAAGGGAGAAAUUUCUUAUUUUGAAUUUCAAUCAUUUUUGACAAAAAGAAUAAAUAAAUAAAUUAGAGAAAUUAAAGUUGAUCGAGUCUUUAAAUUCAAAUGUGACUUUUUUGACAAAAAGUCACGAGAAAUGAAUUUUGUCUCUAAAAAUUGGAAAUUGAAAUUUUCCAUCGUUGAAUGAAAUAGAAAAAUUUACUUUCUUAAAAUAGAAAAAAAAAAGUUUUUAAAAAUAAACGAGAGUUCAAAAUAGGAAAAAUUUCCCCCGUAAGAAUUGAAUAAAUACGUAAGAUAUCAGUUAUGAGGAAAAGAUCAGGAAAAAAAACUCGUGAAUUUCCCAAAUUUCCUUUCCUGAGAUUUUACCUUCGGAUUUUCGUUCGUGAAGUUUGUAACGUCUUUUGAUUUAUUCGAUUAUAAUUGUAAAUUCGUACAUAUAAUUUAUAUUAUAAAAAAAUUAUUUUUUCCCAGAUGAUUAAUUUGUAGGUAAUUUUUUUUAGAUUUAUCGCUUUUGUUUUAAACAAAUUUUGACGACUUUUUUUCGGAGCAUUUUUGUUAAGCAUUUUUUCCUUUUUUUUGUUAAUUUUUUCAAUUUUUUUUUUCUCUUCGAUUUCGGAUUGAGCAAUAAAUUCACUUGAUUCAACAGUCUGUGUGUCGAAAAUCAAUUUGACUCUUGUGAUAUUGUGAUGAAGUUAGUAGAGAGUAGGGAUUUUUUAAUAAUUAUUUUGAUUCAAAUUGAAUAUAUGUGAUAAACUCUGUUUUUUUUCUCUCCUGCUUUUUUUGUAAGUAUAAAUAACCAGUUAAUCAUAAGACUGACUGAAUCGAGCGAAUGAAAGUCAUCCAUGGCCAAAUAUGGACCGUAAACUUUUUUGCGUAAAAAAAAAAUAUGUACAUAUAUUGAAAAUAAUAUUAAUAAUUAAAUGAGGAAAAAAAGAGCAAACUCUACUUUUCAAUUAUAUGAAAAAUAUAUAAUGUGUCAUAUUUUAAAAUCAUCAAUUAAUAUUCGUUAAGAAUAAAAAAAAAAUUAUUGCCACAAAAUAAAAGGCGCAGAGAGGAUUCUUUAUUCUGUAUUCCUGUUGUAAUACUAAUGGCAAUAAAUAAUUGGAAAGUCAAUUAAAAAA